AAUGGAGGCGAAACAAAGAUCAAGAAGCUCAAUCUACCGCCGCGACUAGUACCAUUGAAGGUCGAAUACUAACGCCACGAAGUUGAUUAUCGGAGAAGCAUAAAAGUAUUCUUCAGUACAAUAGUCCCUCUCUUUGAGCCUACCACCGCAAGCAUGACCCCGUCCUACGAAUCUAUAUUACCUAACUCUUUUGAUAUAACAAGAACAUAUGGGCACAUUCCAGAACCUCAGAGUUCCCAUGGCCGACCCAAACGCCAUCCUCGCCGUACAAGUGCCAAAACACGGGCUUCACUUGAGCCCGCCUUCACAGUAGGGCACCUCUUGUCAUCCACCACAAGCUGCAUCCCGCACCCGAGUGUCUCCCAAUACGGCCCGGAUUCUUCAAAAUACGCCCCGCACAGCACUAACAAGACCUUGGUCCGGGCCAGGUCGCACGCGCCCUCAGUCUUAAUCUCGUCGACACGGACCAAGUUCGUGGCCGCAGAGAUCGUCGUGCUUGAACGCGACGUAGCCAAAGUCGUUGUUGCCUUUUAUAAAGGCCCCUGCCCAACUCGCAAAGCAUAUUUCGCCCGAAGGCAUCGGUUCGGGCGAAAUUGUACUGGAAUAUUGGCAAAGCUCCCGACGAGGGUCCAAAUGCCGGUAGGGUUCAGUGGCGACCUAUUGGAGUUAUUGCAAGUGGUGGCGGGGCGCAGGGACACCAGGUUCGCUUUGCUGAUAUUGAUGGUGAUGGUCGUUCCGAGUUUAUCUGGGUCAAGGAUUCUGGAUCUGCGACGGUGUGGUGGAAUAGGGGCUUCGCCUCUGAUGGCGAAGUCAAAGUUAUCUGGGGUCCAGGCGCGGGCGAAGAGAUCGCCCCGGGCAUCGGAGACGGCCAAGGUGUGCGCUUUGCUGAUAUGAAUGGCGAUGGCAAAGCGGACUUCAUCCACCUCGCAGACAAUGGCGCGGCUACCUUAUACAUCAACCAAGGGCGUCACGAAACAGGCGGCUGGGGAUGGUGGAAUUGGGGCGUGAUCGCAAGUGGACUCGGCAUCAGCCGAGAGAAUAUCCGGUUUGCCGACUUGAACGGUGACGGUCGUGAUGACUACAUCGCCGUUGAUAGCGCUACAGGCGGGCUGAAUGCGUGGUAUAACCGCGGACCCCAGAGCCAAAAUUGGGCUGCUGUCGCUCCCUUGGUGUGGUGGAAUCCGGGAUCAGUCGCUUCCGGCGUAAGCUAUUUACCAAAUUGGUCAACCUCGAGUAUGGUGACGUUUAGGGACUUGAAUGGAGACAGUAGGGACGAGUACUGAUAUAUUGGAG